AAGAAUAACACACCAUUUAACCAUACCCACACCAUUUAACAACCAUAUAUAUACUACCGUUGCUCUUGGAACAUAGUCCCACGACAUGUUAAAAAAGUACCACAUUGCGCCAUCCAGAGCUAUACUACCACAUACAGCUUCCUCUCUAGUAAAACUAAUAAGAGAGUGCUCUCAAUCUCUAAACCUUUCAUGCCGCCACCGCCACCACCGCCACCACUUCCAUGCUGGCAAUUUGCUGGCGGCGGCAGCGGUGGACGCCCGAAUCAUCAAAACGGGUUUCGACCCCGAUACAUGCCGCUCCAACUACAAGAUGAAGCAUUUCCUUCGAAAAGGUUUAUUCUCGGAAGCACGCCACCUGUUUGAUCAAAUGCCUCACCAAAAUCAUGUUUCAACCAACAUGUUGAUUUCAUGUUUUGUAAAAUCGGGCGACCUUCUGAAUGCAAGACAACUGUUUGAUGGAAUGGUUGAUCGAACUGCGGUCACCUGGACUAUCUUAAUUGGUGGGUAUUCGCAGCAUAACCAACCCAGGGAAGCUUUUCGACUUUUCGCCCAGAUGCAGAGGUCAGGGGCUGAGCCAGAUUACGUCACAUUCGCGACUCUUUUAUCUGGAUGUGAUGAUACAGUAACGAGAAAAGAAGUUGUUCAAGUUCAUGCCCAUAUCAUCAAAUUGGGAUGUGGUUUGACCCUUAUGGUUUGCAACAGCUUGCUUGAUUCUUUCUGCAAAUGUCUAUGCUUUGAUUUUGCUUCUCAGCUGUUCAAAGAAAUGCCCACAAGAGAUUCUGUGACCUUCAAUACAAUGAUAACAGGGUACUCAAAAGAAGGGUUGAACGAAGAAGCAAUGGACCUUUUCCUCGAAAUGCAAACUUUGGGAUUGAAGCCAACUGACUUUACUUUUGCAGCAUUGCUAUGUGCUGGUAUUGGGUCAGAUGAUAUUGCUUUUGGGAAACAAGUGCACUGUUUUGUGGUCAAGACCAAUUUUGUUUGCAAUGUGUUCGUGGGCAAUGCAUUGCUUGAUUUUUACUCAAAGCAUGAUGGCAUAGAUGAUGUGAGGAAACUAUUCGAUGAGAUGCCGGAAAAGGAUGGCGUUUCUUACAAUGUGCUCAUUACGGGAUACGCAUGGAAUGGGCAGCUAAAAGAAUCUAUUGACCUUUUUCAUCAAUUACAGUUCACCGUGUAUGAUCGAAGGCAGUUCCCUUUCUCAACGAUUCUGAGCUUGGCAGCGAAUACGGAAAAUUUGGAUAUGGGCAUGCAAAUACAUGCCCAGUCCAUUGUGACAACAGCUGAUUCAGAAAUUCAGAUCGGGAAUUCUCUGGUUGACAUGUAUGCAAAAUGCGGCAGAUUUGAGGAAGCAAAUAUGUUGUUUGCAAAUCUGGCCCACAGAAGCUCAGUGCCAUGGACGGCUAUGAUAUCGGCUUAUGUUAAAAAAGGACUCUAUGAAGAAGGCCUUAAACUGUUCACCCAGAUGCACAGAGGCAAUGUAAGUGCUGAUCAGGCAACUUUCGCUAGCAUUUUGAGAGCUUCUGCGAAUUUGGCUUCAAUUUCAUUGGGGAGACAGUUACACUCCUUUCUAAUCAGGUCAGGAUUUAUGUCCAACGUUUUCUGUGGUAGUGCACUUCUUGAUAUGUAUGCAAAAUGUGGGUCCAUUAAGGAUGCCAUUCGAACUUUCAAGGAGAUGCCAGGUAGGAAUAUAGUCUCUUGGAAUGCAAUGAUAUCAGCUUAUGCUCAGGAUGGGGACGGUCAGGCCACUCUUAGAGUUUUCAACAAGAUGGUUCAGUCAGGUCUUCAACCAGAUUCAGUAAGUUUCCUUAGCGUUCUAUCAGCCUGCAGCCACCGUGGGCUCGUUGAAGAAGGAUUGUGGUACUUCAAUUCCAUGACUAAAAUUUAUAAACUUGAUCCAAAGAGAGAACACUAUGCAUCCAUGGUUGAUGUGCUGUGUCGAAGUGGAAGAUUCGAUGAAGCAGAGAAGUUAAUUGCUGCGAUGCCAUUUGAUCCUGAUGAGAUCAUGUGGUCAUCAGUCCUAAACUCAUGUAGAAUUCAUAAGAACCAUGAACUUGCUAAAAAGGCAGCUGACCACCUUUUUCACAUGGAAAAGCUUAGAGAUGCCGCUGCUUAUGUCAACAUGUCUAAUAUCUAUGCAGAAGCUGGCCAGUGGGACAAUGCUGGCAAGGUGAAGAAGGCAAUGAGGGAUCGUGGAGUUAAAAAGGUGCCUGCUUACAGUUGGGUUGAAAUUGAACAUAAAAUUCAUGUAUUUGUGGCGAAUGAUAUGACACAUCCACAAAUGACGGGGAUCAGGAGAGAAAUUGAAAUGUUGACGAAGCGGAUGGAGGAGGAAGGGUACAAUCCGGACACCAGCUGUGCCCUUCAAAAUGUGGAUGAGCAAAUGAAAAUCGAAUCUCUUAAGUAUCACAGUGAGCGCAUAGCUAUAGCAUUUUCACUGAUCAGUACCCCAAAAGGUUCACCAAUACUGAUUAUGAAGAAUUUAAGAGCUUGUAUAGACUGCCAUGCUGCUAUCAAACUGAUUUCAAAGAUUGUUGGUAGGGAAAUUACAGUCAGGGAUUCAAGCAGGUUCCAUCAUUUCAGAGAUGGGCUUUGUUCCUGUGGGGAUUAUUGGUAGAGUGUACAGAAAGAACAAAAGGGAAUAUUCCAAUCCAUUGACAGUAGGCUAGAAAUGGUCUGGGUAAAUGCGAAGGAACAACUAACCACGAGUUGCUUUGCUUUGAGGUCCUGCAUCCACAGUCCAUGAGGCCAGCUAGAGAGGGUGAUAUUCCCGUUGCGGUUAAGAAUUCUUACAACCCUAAUGCCCCAGGUACCCUCAUCACUAGGACUAGGACAAGAGACAUGAGUAAGAUUUGUCACAACAAGCUGUUCAGAAUGCGGAAGUCAAUUUUGUAAGAAAACUUCAAACAGCCUAAAUUGUCCAUUUUCCAAUUCCAGGCAGUACUAACUAGCAUUGUUUUGAAACACAAUGUAACCAUGUUGGAUAUUGUUAGCACUCGCAUGCUUGGUCAAUUUGGCUUUCUCACUAAGGUGUUUUCAAUCUUUGAAGACUUGGGUACAUCAGUGGAUGUUUUAGCUACUAGUGAAGUCAUUUUUUGCCUUGACAUUGGAUCCGUCAAAGCUCUAGAGCAGAGAACUGAUUCAGCAAACAAGUGUAUGAUAUCAUUAUCAAUGUUAUUGUUGGAUUUGUUACUUUAUAGGUUUAGUUUCAAUUAUUAAAUUACUUUAUCAUUAUCUUU